AUGGAUGGGUGCAGCAUCUUUCAUCCAUAUCCUCCAUAUCACAAGUACCAUCAUCCAGGAGAUCUUAUGGUUGGUGGAAUUUCAUCUCAAUUUGGUCCAGUCUCUGAAAAAAUCACCUUUGAAGAUCAUCCCCCACCAGUAUUGCCUGGACAGUUUGUCGGAAUUCCUAAGAAUUACCAGCACAUCCUGGCUUUGGCAUUUGCAGUAAAGGAGAUCAACGAAAACCCACAAAUCUUACCCAAUCUCACCCUGGGUUUCCAUAUUUAUGACAGCUAUGACAUUGCUCAAAGGACCUAUCAGGCAACCAUGCUACUUCUAUCAGCAACUGAGAGACUGGUCCCCAACUACUUAUGUAACAUCCAGAAUAAAGUCAUAGCUGUUAUUGGAGGACUGGAUGCUGAAAUCUCCAAUCAUGUGGCAACUCUCUUGGAUAUCUAUAAGAUUCCACAGCUCAUUUGUGGCUCUGCUCCAAUAAUGAAUGAUAAAACUCCAGGCCUUCCCUUUUAUCAGAUGGUUCCCCCAGAAGCUCUUCAGCAUAAAGGGAUUCUUUCACUACUCCUGCAUUUUAAUUGGACAUGGAUCGCGAUCCUUAUCAUGAGCAAUGACCAGGGAGAAAAAUUUGUAGAAACAAUGGUUCCUCUGUUGUCCAAAAAAGGAAUUUGUGUUUCUUUCAUUCAACAACUCCCCAAACUUACUGAUUUCACUAGAUUUGAUGGCAUGCUUCAGCAGGGGGCAAACAUCUAUGAUCAUAUCAUGGGUGGUAAUACCAGUGUACUGGUUUACAAUGGAGAAUCCUUUGCUAUGAAUUAUUUGUUAUGGCUACAAUAUGUUCCUAAUAUAGAAGAGGUGAGAAGUAAACCAAAAGGUAUUUUAUGGAUAAUGACAGCACAGAUGGAGUUCAGUUUAAUCUCUUUUCAACGUGCUUGGGAUAUAAAAAUAAUUGAUGGUGCCCUUUCCUUCAUGAUGCACUCCACUGUUCUACCAGAGUUCAGAUCAUUUGCUGGGAAACAAAACCCUUUUGGUGCAAAGGGAGAUGGAUUUAUCAGACAGUUCUCGCAAGAAGCCUUUGACUGUGUAUUUCCAAAUGUUGUUAUGAGUGAUGUGCUUGAGAAUAUUUGCAAUGGUACAGAGGAUUUGGAAAGCCUUCCUGGGACUCUUUUUCAAAUGGACAUGACUGGCCAUAGUUACAGUGUCUACAAUGCUGUUCAUGCCAUAGCUCAUGGUUUGCAUGCUCUUUUGUCGUCUAGAAAUACUGAGAGAUCAAUGGCGGAUAGAGUAGAAAGCAACAUUCAUCAUCAAGACUUCUGGCAGUUCCAAUAUUUUUUGAGAAGUGUCGCUUUUAACAAUAGUGCUGGGGAACAGGUCUCCUUUGAUCAGAAUGGGAUUGUAGCAGCUGGAUUUGAUAUUAUCAAUAUGAUAGCUUUCCCGAACAAUUCAUUUCUUCAUGUGAAAGUUGGAAAUGUGGACCAUUCAGCUCCUCCAGAUAAAAUAUUAUCCAUCAAUGAUGAGAUGAUAACAUGGCACAGCUGGUUUAACCAGGUGACACCCGUUUCUGUCUGCAGUAAGACCUGUUAUCCUGGGUUCAGCAAAAAAGUGAAGGAGGGAGAGCCAUUUUGCUGUUAUGACUGCAUCCAAUGCCCAGAAGGGAUGAUUUCAACCGAGAAUGAUAGAAAUGAAUGCUCUAGAUGCAAAGAGAAAUUCUAUCCAAACAAGAAACAUGAUUUUUGUAUUCCCAAAAGUAUUAGUUUCUUGACUUAUAAAGAACCAUUAGGGAUCAGUUUAGCCUGCCUUUCUUUUUCUUUUUCUUUGUCCACUGUUCUUGUGCUUGGAGUAUUUAUGAAGCACCACAACACUCCCAUCGUCAUAGCCAACAACCGGGAUCUAACUUAUAUACUCCUUACUGCUCUGCUGCUCUGUUUCCUUUCAGCACUGCUCUUUAUUGGCCAACCAGGAAGAUCUACCUGUUUAUUCCGACAAACUAUUUUUGGCAUAGUCUUUUCAGUGGCUGUUUCUUCAGUCUUGGCAAAAACCAUCACAGUGGUUCUGGCUUUUAUGACCACCAAACCAGUAUCUAGAAUGAGAAAAUGGGUGGGGAAAAAAUUAACUAAUUCCAUUGUUAUUAGCUGCUCCCUGAUCCAAGCCAGCAUUUGCACUCUCUGGCUGUCAAUUAACCCUCCAUUUGUAGAUGUUGAUAUGAUCUCAGUGCCUGAAGAAAUUAUCCUGCAAUGUAAUGAAGGCUCUGUGACCAUGUUUUAUUGCGUCAUUGGCUAUAUGGCUUUCCUGGCUAUUAUCAGCUUCGUCACAGCUUUCCUUGCCAGGAAAUUGCCUGAUAGUUUCAAUGAAGCCAAAUUCAUCACCUUCAGCAUGUUGGUCUUUUGCAGUGUUUGGCUGACCUUUGUCCCAGCAUACCUGAGCUCCAAAGGGAAAUAUAUAGUGGCUGUGGAGAUCUUUUCUAUCUUAGCUUCAAGUGCUGGGCUUCUGGGCUGCAUCUUUUUCCCCAAAUGUUAUAUCAUUGUGUUUUUUCCAGACUUGAACAACAAGGAACAACUAAUGAGGAAAAAAAGGGUGAUUAAUAAUAACUCUCUGUCAUCCUCAGUAAAAAAAAAUUAA